AGGAGAAAAGGCUCCAGUGCCUCUCAUUCAGUGGUGUUAAAGAAAGGGAGUGGCUGAUGGAGUCUCUCAUUCGGUACAUAAAAGUAAUUGGUGGACCUCCAGGCCGAGAAGGACUUUUAGUGGGGCUAAAGAAUGGCCAGGUGACCUUUUGUGAUUAAGUUCAUAGGAUUUUGUGAAAUUUUUACUCAUUAAGGAGAUGAUUUAGAUGCUAAAGGGCCCAGUCAAUAGGCUGAAAUUACAUAUUUGCUUCUUAGUGUCUUUGGCUGCUCUUUAAGUGACAUUUUUUUUGUUUUUUGCACGUUCUGUAUUUGAUGGUUACCAAGAAUUACAUGUUCACAGAAAGCAGAAGUUACUCAAAACCUUCCUUUGCCAUUUCUUUCCUUUAAUGGAAAAUGAGUUGCAAGUAACUGGUUUGCAAUAAGUUAGGGAAAAGUACGUACUUCAGUAAAGUGCUGUAGAGAGCAACAUAGACUACUUGCAGCUUACUGUUUUGGAUGAAGUUACUACACUAGCUUCCUGGUAAGCUGGUUGCUGUUGCUUACCAGUGGGGAGAGGGGAAGAGGCAAAGUGGCAGGGAUAUUGACAGGAUGCAGUUGCACUGUGCCAGAUUGGCUCCAAGGUAUGUUUCCACCACAUCAACCUUCCUGCCACUUUGCAACAGUGACCCACCUGUUGGGAAACUAAUGCCGCCCCCCACCUAGGAAGCUGUUUUUGCUUUUAUAUUAAAUAUUAAAUAUUUUGGGGGGAAGAAGAAUCAAAGUGUGGAGUUAAUUUUUACUUCUGAUUCUUGUGACCCUAAACCUAGCCAUCAUCUUGCCUCAUGUUUUUAUUUUUAUUAUUUAUAAUCAAGGAAGUAAUUUGGGCAAAAGCGAACAGUCUGCUUUAAAUUGGUUAGACUAAUUAUUCUCCUGAGUUGUAUUCUCCAGUGCAUGAGACUGACAAAUAAAAAUAGUAUUGCUUUUAAGACGUAUUUUAUUAACCCUCUGAAUUUAAUCACAUCCAGAUUCUAAAGAUAUUUGUAGACAAUCCUUUUGCAAUUGUCUUGCUGAAACAAUCCACAGCUGUGCGCUGCUUGGAUAUGAGUGCGUCUCGAAACAAGCUGGCAGUGGUUGAUGAAAAUGACACUUGUCUAGUGUAUGAUAUUAACACCAAAGAGUUGCUCUUUCAGGUAAACAUUUGGAAACUCCAUCCCUUCCCUCCCUUUGUCUAGCCCUAGCCACAUGAUUGCAAAGAGCUAAAUCAGAGAAAUAGCUCUACCAUGCUGCUCCUUUGUCACCCUGUAUCUUAGAGAAAAGUUUCCCAAAAGGAUGAGAAAGGAGCCUUAGUGAGACUGCUUGGAUAGCUAUUAGGAGUUGUUAUCUACUAAAAAGAGGGUGGGGGACCUCUGGCCGGCAGAUCAAUAGUGGCCCUCUAGGAAGUCCAAGUUGACCUGCCAAGCCUUCUUCAAGCAUGAUCAUGUACCAUAAAUGAAGACCAUUCAUUUUUUUGUAUUGCAUCUUGUUUGAUCAUCCUCUAGGAACCCAAUGCUAACAGCGUGGCUUGGAACACACAGUGUGAGGACAUGCUCUGUUUCUCUGGUGGUGGAUAUCUCAACAUCAAAGCUAGUAACUUUCCUGUCCAUCAGCAGAAACUUCAGGGCUUCGUUGUGGGAUACAAUGGUUCCAAAAUUUUCUGUCUCCAUGUUUUUUCCAUGACUGCUGUUGAAGUUCCCCAGGUAAUCUUUAAUCUUGUUCAUUAAUUCUUUUUGUUGCUGAUGUCAGCAUUAUCUUAAGUGCUCCUGAAACAUGUCUACUUUCUGUCCAAUAGAGUUUAAAAAUAUUUCCCCACCAGCUUUUUGGCCUUCAUUUCAUGAAUAAUGUCUGUAGUUUUGUGCUUGGAGGAGAAACGGAUAGUUUUCACUGUCCUGUGAGAGGUAGGUGAAAGUUUAUUGUGUUAAUCAUUUAACACAACAAUAUAGAAUAAAGUCAGGUAGACAAGAAAACUCCUAGUAAAAUUUGGCAUUACCAACUGCAAUUGCAUAUUAUUCCAUGGCAUGCUUUCACUUUAAUGCUACUGUUUCUCCUAUUACUAUAGUUAUAGGUAACUUUGCUCUCUCUGUUGUUUUCUUUCGCUUUGGUGAAGUUCCAGCCAAAUGCCAGUUAUUCUCCUACACAUUCUUGCUUGUGACUUGUUCACGUACCAGUUGUGUUGUUCAAAACAUUUUAGAGCAACAACAAAUGUGAUUUGUCCCUAAGAAAACAGUGUUUUCAACAAAACAAUUGUUUGGACAUGAUGGAAAGUACUAGCAAUAGAGCCACUGAAGUAUUUAAUAUAAUAAGGAAAAGCUGGUGGUGUCAGUCUACCAGCAGAACAGACCUCCGCAAUAGGAUUUCCAUUUCUCCCCAUUGCAACCCUCUGUGCACCCCCAAAGUCUGCUCCAGAAGUUUGUGGGGACUGCAGGUAUUGGGAAGAAAGGAAAGGCAAAUCUGGUUGCGCAAAUGGAAGGUUGCUUGCACAGUGUUGGAUUACAGGAAUAGUUCACUUAAUGGCCAAGUUCAGAUGUAUUUAUUACAAUUUAAUAAGUAAACCUAUGCUUAAGCCUUGUGAGUAUAUACUUCAUCCUUGUGCCAUGCCUUUUGUCCUCAUUGGUGCACUGCAAUUAACUCAAAGUCUUCAGCUUAUCAUAGUUAUCCAUUACCUCCAGCAGGGAAACUAUGGUUACCAGAAUUUAAACAAGCCAUGGUCUUAACUCAUGGUUUGAUGUUGGGUUAAGAUCCUUGCUUGUUUGUAUCCUGGCAACCAUAGUUUCUUGAUCUGAACAAAAAGGGAAAUAAUUAACUGAAAAAUUCCUUAGUUAAUUGUGGCAUGCUAAGAAGGAAAAGGGGUAACAUGAGAACAAAGUGUGCAGGCCUGAGGUACAUGCACAUCUCAACUUAUUAAGGCGAGACACAAACCAGACCGUUAAGCUUUUAGGGACUACUUUGGAAAUGUCUUUCUUUGUAUUGUUUAAAAUUUUAAAAACUAUGGUGGUGGAAUUUAUGUUUGAUUUUGUACUUUGUGUCCAUUCACAACUGACUAACAUUAGCAGAAAGAAUGCAGAACUGGGGUUUAAAUUUAGCUGUUUUGCAUUUACAUGAUCAAAGAUCUAGUAAAUGCCACUCCUAAAAUUAAAGGAUUUUGGAAUGCACUUGUUUUCCACUUGGCUUACAUUUAAAGGAAGAGAAACUGAGGGGGUUUUAUAGAGCUUUGGCUUGGAGCUGGUGGUCACCCUUUUAAAUAAUGACUUGAAUAAGAGCAGACAACAAAGUUGUCACAAUUACUUCUUCGCUUUCUGUCAAUCUAUAUUUUGGAGUGUAGGAUAGGAGGAUAGGAUUAGAAAAGAAAAUCAUCUUGACUGAGUGUACUAUAAAGUGCAGCAAAAAUUCUAUUUACACGUAAUUGUGUGUAGAGAACAAAUACAAAAGAUGGUAGACAUGGAGAGGAGGAUGUAAGGUUCAUGACUGAUCAUAAACUGGACCUUUGCCAGCAUUGUUGCAAAUGCCAUUGAGGCAAGUUUCUACGCAAAGGGAAAAAUUGAACACAAAAGAAUAAUCGACACGAAUCUGACAUCAGAAAUGGCAAUAUUCAGAAGCCAGUGGGGGAACAUUUCAGCAUUCUGGGACAAUGUAUAUGCCCUUGAAGUGGCCAUCCUGAAGAAAAGGAACUUAAAACAGACACUGCAAAGUAAAACUACUGAAUUACAGUCUGCUAAGAGGUCUAGUAAUGUCACUUGUGGAUUGAACUGAGACAAAAGAUUUUUAGCACUUUAAGGGGCAAUCCUAUGACAAGAUCCACUGGAAUGAGUAGUUUAGGAUGCAGCAGAGCUCCAGGGUUAAGUUUCCAACCCUAGCUCAGCAGAAUAUACGCAGGUAUCGCAUGCUUGGCAGAACCAAGUCUGGUUUAAUUCCUGCAAAAGGGGCAUUGUGGAGCCCUGGUGGGUAUGAGACCAGGGAGAGGGAACCUAAGCUGAAUCCUAAGGCCACUUAGCUCAAUCACAAGACAUGGCCAUGGAACAUUAUUUUAAAGACUUGUUUUUCCUCUGCCAGACACAGGCAGAUCAGCCGCAGCUGUGCUGCUUAGCUGAGUUUGGAUACGUAUAACUUUACAUUGGCUUAAUUUACGCUGGCUUGCUUUCCCUUAGUUCCUUGUUCAUAGCAUUGCUCCCUUAAUGUGCUAGUUGGCUUAGUAAUGGUAAGAAGUCUGUGUCAUCAAGAACGGUGAAUGUGAAUUAGCCCUGCUAAUUAGAUCCUUUUCUGCAUUUCUUCUUACCUCACUUCUCAGGAUCCUAAUUCAGCCGGUGUGUGUGAGAGAGUAUACAUGUAUGCCAGGGAUGGGGAACACAGGCCUCAGGACCAAAUGUGACUAUCCAAGGUUCUUAGGACACUCUCCAGGCCACCCCCCUCACUGGUCCUGCUCUGUGCCUGGCUUGAAUGAAUCCUUGAGUUGCAAUAAUGUCUCCUGCAUAACUAGAUGGAUGACUUUUGCAUGGCUGAAAUGUAGCCUGCUGUACUCAACUGGUGGUCCACCCAUCUUUGUCUCUGGCACCAUCAACCCCUGGAAUGUGGCCCCUAGGAGGUUCCCUCUGAGGCAAUACAACCUUUGAGCUGAAAAGGGUCCCCCACUCCAUAUCUAUCUAUAUAGAUAUAGAUAUAUAAAUAUAUAGAUAUAGAUAUAAUAUGGGGUAGAACUUCAUGUAUCUGAUGAUGUAAACCUAGUUCACUAAUGCAAAUGGUGUAAUAUAUUUGCUGGCAUUUAAGGUGCUACCAGACCCUUUACCGUUUGGGCUGUAAUAGUAAGAAGUCUUGUCAACCAGAAAUGGAUGGGGAAAAUUCAGUUGUUUGGCAAUGUUUAGACCCAUGCAAGACUCUUUCAACUAGAUGAUUACAGAAGUAGAUGUGUACAUGGGAUCAUGUUGGGUUUUGCAUUUCACAAUUAAAUUAUCGUGCUGGAGAAGACGGAAAAGUUUAGCAUAGAUGAAAUAGCAUAGAAUACAAGAAGCAGGAGAAAAUGUUGACUGCAUUUUAAUUUAUUUAUUAGCACAGAGAACGUUAGCACUUGCUUUGUAACAUGGAUUUCCCACCAGCAGCUAAAGAAUGGAUUUGUUUUAGCAGAAGGAGAAUGAAGUUGCUUGAAAACAUCUUUUAAAUUAUAGAUGGGUGCAAAUGUAGCCUCAAGGAAAGGGAUUUUAAAGGGGAUCAUGGAGCGGGAAUAAUUUUCAAACAUUUAAAAGGCUGCCGUAAAUGGUGAUAGAGUAAUUGCAUUCUGUUGCUUUGACAGAGAGAAAACAGAAUGCUAUCUGCAAGAGCAGUUUGGCAACAGAACAAGUUAGCCAGGGGAUGUGUUUUGGAAUUUCCUACACAUGAAAUGUUUUGUACAGAGUUCUUGGUAAACAUCUGUCGAAGAGCUUUCUUUAGUGAAUACUGCUCUUAGAGAAAGAACACUGAUCCAACUAAUCACACUUAAAAUGGUACUUAUAUGUUAUUAAUUCUGUCAUAAUGUGGAUGGAGAUGCACAUUCAAACAUGAACCCUAUGGAAAGCGAUGCCAUUUAGAUGGGUGGCUUUCGUUAUUUGGUUUGUAGUCCAGAGGACAUUUGAAUUGGAUGCAUGUCUUUCAGUUCCUGAUCCAGCAAAUGAUAGACAUCCAGAUUUCCAAAUUGGGAUACUAGGGCUACAUUAUUGGGGCUACAUUAUUUUAUUGUAUUCUGUCAUGUCUGAAAUUUUCUUUAUAGCAUCUUAGUGGGAAAUGCAGAAAAUUUGGUUUGCCCUACAGUUAUAGCCGCUGUGAUAUGAUAGGAAGUUUAUCAAGAGUAGGAAAUCACACUAAUAUCUUAAUGCUUUACUUUGGUUAUUCAAUUUGCAGUCAGCACCCAUGUAUCAAUACUUGGAAAGAAAAAUGUUCAAAGAAGCCUAUAAGAUUGCUUGUUUAGGAGUAACUGAUACAGAUUGGAAAGAGCUGGCUAUGGAGGCUUUAGAAGGACUCGAAUUUGAAACUGCUAAAAAGGU